AUGAAGUUGGUUUCAGUCAUUGUAUUACUUGUUGGAAUCGUUCAUUCGUAAGUUUUUUUACCAACGCAGUUAAAAAUUUUGGACAGGGCGCCCUGUGCUGUUUUUCGACACACCUAGGGCUGAAAGGUGGUCACAGCAAAUUUGAAAGAGUACUUUGCCGAUCUAAGCUUGACCCACUUGCUAGACUUUGGCCUAUACGCUGCUAGUUGUAACCAACCUUGCCGUUUGUAUUUAAAACUUUAUAUCUAUAUUCAGAAACGUACUACGCAACUUCUUAAAGCAAAACGAUGAAGACGGUGGCGAAGUGUAUGCCGUGCUUGUAGCGGGCAACGGCGAACUUCACAACAUGUUUAGUGAAGCCGAUGUGUGCCUAUUGUACCACAUUUUGGUUCAUCAUGGCGUCAAGGAAGAAAAAAUUAUAACCUUCUUAGAGGAUGACAUAAAGGAUGACCCAGAGUAAGGAACCAUAAUAUAAAAUAAAGUUUCCUUGUAAAACCUGGUAAGGGAGGGUAGGCAAUGUAGAGCAAAGUAGGGUAAGACAAAACCAUUUUAAGGGUAAACAAUGUGUUUUUUAGUAACCCAUGGCAUGGAGAGCUUCGUCUUGGCGUUGACGGCCCAGAUGUUCGUAAAGGUUGCAAAGUUUCAUACAGCGGUGCCAACCACAAUGUCGACAACUUUUUGAAGGUUUUGAAGGGCGACGAUACCGGUGUUGGGCCAGUACUAAACUCGACCGAAAAAGACCGUGUUUUCUUGUACCAUGCGAGUCACGGCGGGCAGGGAUUCGUAGCGUUUGGCGAUUAUGUUUUAUUCACUAACCAAGUCAAGGAAGCUUUCGAUCAUAUGCACUCGCAACGAAAGUAUAAAGAGUUGUUGUACCACGUGGACGCCUGCUUCUCUGGUUCAAUGGUUAGUUGGCUUCCCGAAGAUUGGAGGAUUCUUGGCUUCACUGGAGCGAAUGAGAGUGAAUUUGAAAUGGGAAGCUCUUUUAAGGUUGGUGACAUACGUUUAGAUUUAGUCGGCGAAAUGUCAUGUGCUUGGCAACAUUCGGUUGAGAGAGAGGACUUGGACGCAUUGACGAUUAAGGAACAAUACAAUUAUGUAAAAAACAAAACUCAUCAGAGUACUGUAUCUGUGUACGGCGACAAAAGUAUUUUGAAAGAGCCGGUUGGUUUAUACGAUGGAGAGACUCCAUACAAGUUUGGAAAGCCUGUAGUAAGUAUCUAAUUAUCCCUGCCUUUACCGACAACCCUACCUCUAACUUUACCCUCGUCCUGUCCUGUUUGGCCCGACAACCACGUCCGGAGCCUAGCGAAUCCCCUUUCAAGCCUACUAGUAAAGUCUUAAAUCGUCUGAAACUUUUUAGCCAGAACAGACUUGUGCUCUUGAAAACAGCUACCUUCGCGCAGAAUCCGAUCUUCACCUUCUUAAGCACAAACUAGAAAUGGCCAAAGUUAACAAAAACUAUAAAAAAGCAAAAGAAGUAGCAGAAGAAUUACAAAAACUGCAUGAUCUACGUGAAAAUGUUAAUCAGAAAAUUGAUAAUCUUGUAUUAAAAACCAUCAGUAGUCGCGGAUUCAUAGUCAAUGAAUUGGCUGAGAAACAUCAACAUCUAGAUUGCUAUGAACAAGUCACCAGAGCCUUUUUCCAACACUGCCAUCCUGAACAUAAAGUAAGAGUUUUUAAUUGGUUUUGCUUCAGUUUUAUGUUUGAGGACAAUUUGAGGAGAACAAAUUACCAAAAAUAAUAUAAAUUAUAAACAAAAAUCACAAAAUCAUAAAGUUACUUUUCGCAAUUUCAGAAGAAGAUUGGCCGUAUCAAAUACGAUAAAAUCCAGAAAUUGUGUCACGGUAAUUUGCCUGCCGAAGUAUUGGUCGAAAAUCUACAAGCUCACUGUCAAAACUAA